AUGGAUUUUGGAAACAACAUAUUUGUAGAAAUACAAGAGAAACCACAACCCAUCAGCAGUCAGAUCCAGGAGAAAAUUAACCUUUUCAGUCAUAACGAAAAAGCCAUUUCUAUAGGCGACCUUGGUGAUAUAAUAUCGAAACACAAAAAGUGGAAAGAAUGUUUACCAAGAGUGAAACCGUUUUAUGCUGUAAAAUGUAAUGAUAUUUAUCCUGUAAUUAGACUGCUAGCAGAUAUGGGCCUUUCGUUUGACUGUGCAAGUAAGGCUGAGAUACAGAAGAUUUUAGACCUUGGAGUUGAUCCCUCUAGAAUUAUAUAUGCCAACACGUCUAAACAACUAUCAUUUAUCAAAUAUGCUGCUGAUAAUGGAGUCAAUUUGAUGACAUUCGAUUGUGAAGAUGAACUAACAAAGAUCAAGAAGGAAUACCCCCAAGCAAACUUAGUGCUGAGAAUCAAUCCACAAUCGAACAACAAGGUCAUUUAUCAUCUUGGGAGAAAGUUCGGAUGUCACCCGUCGACAGCUUUAAAACUGCUACAAUUUGCUAAGAAAUUAGAAUUAAAUGUCAUCGGUAUAAGUUUUCAUAUUGGAACUGGCUGUUUAGAAGCUGGUGUGUUUGAGGCCGCGAUAGAGCAGUCAAGACGUGUAUUUGAUUUAGGUCUCUCUGUUGGAUUUAACAUGAACAUCAUUGACAUCGGUGGAGGAUUUCCUGGCGAGAAAAAUGUGCAGACAAAUAUUACUUUUGAAGAGAUAGCUGCAGAAGUGAACCUCUCUCUGGAUAAAUAUUUCCCUUGUAAUGACGUUCGGAUUAUAGCUGAGCCCGGACGGAACUAUGUUGCUUCAGCGUUCACAAUUGCCACCAAUAUCAUAACAAAAAAAAUCGUUCCGGAUGAAGAAAAUGUGUUACCAAAAGGAGAUUUACUUGAACAUCCAACAGCACCGAAUGAACACCUGAGAAUGUACUAUGUAAAUGAGGGUAUAUUCGGAAGUUUUCUGACAUGUUUGAUUGAUCCUGGGUGUAAUGUACCUUCACACUUUAAAGACAAUCAUGAAGAAGUAUUAUAUAACAGUACGAUUUGGGGACCAACUUCCACUGCAGUGGAUUUAAUUAUAGACAACAUCAAACUCCCCGACCUAUCUCCUGGAGAUUGGAUAUACUUCAAAGACAUGGGAGCAUACUCCUUUACUACAGCAACUAAUUUCAACAGUAUGCCAAGAGUCGAGGAGUACUUCAUAUGUGAAAGGAAACUAUGGGAACAAGUAUAUCAACAUGAUCAAUGUUGA